CUUCCCUUUGCUUCCUUCCUUACCUCAUCUCAUCCUUCCCCGGGAUGAUGGUCACUCCUUUCCUUACCGUCUUAUAAAACGCUAUACGGACUGUACCUGGGUACAAGACUCCGGUCUUUGCCCAACCCCCAACCCCUUUGAGAAGAAGCAUUACGAAGAAGAAAAAAAAGUUAUCUUUCUACUCCCCGACUGGACGGAGAAUGGGCCAGAGGCACAACCGACGACGCACUCGACCCCGAUCUCGCAACCGCAGCGUCGAUCUCAUCGCAUUCGCGCCGUCUUCUCGACUACUCCCGCCUGUCGACUCGAGCAUCUCCGCUGUCCCCUCCGCAUUCGACUGUCUUGAUAUACCCGCCCCGACCUGGCACUAUGGGCAUUUGAUAUGGCAGAAGCGUGACCGUGCGCUAAGGAUGGAGGCUUCGACACUGGAGGCCGAGCAAUGUCGUCUCUUUGGCGGAGAACCCGGUGACGAUGUAGGCCUGUGCUAUCGCAUGUUGGAGUACUUCGGUGGACUGGAUUAUAUCAAUUGUCCGCAGUCCUUGAACGCACUACCUGGAUGAUUCGUCAUGCAGAUAUCAUUGGCCUUUUUUUUUUUAUUUCAGCAAUUUAUCAACAAUU